AUGGGGUUUGGAAAGAAGUGGUUGAAUUGGAUGGAUUCUUGUGUUUUUACUAGUCAUAUGUCCGUCUUGGUAAAUGGUAGUGUCACUAAAGAUUUCAAAGUCCAAAGAGGUUUACGCCAAGGCGAUCCUAUUUCACCCUUUCUUUUUGUUCUUGCUAUGGAAGGCUUAACCGCUCUCACUAAAAAGUCGGUGGAAGUGGGAGACUUUAUGACUUUCAAAUAUGGUUUAGAAGACUAUGUGGACAUCCUUCAAUUUGCGGAUGACACCAUCAUCAUCGGUGAACCAACUUGUGACAAUUUAUGGAGCAUGAAGGUGUUGUUAAGGGGUUUUGAACUUGUGUCCGGUUUGAAAAUCAAUUUCCACAAAAGCAACUUUUUUGGAGUUCACAUUUGUGAUUGGCUUCUAAAUUCGGCUACUAGCUUUCUCUCUUGCAAAAAAGGAAGUUUUCCCUUUAAAUUCUUAGGAAUUUGGAUUAGUGAUUGCGGUAGGAGAAAGAGGGUGUGGAAGGAUGUUGUGGAUAAUAUCAAAUCAAGAUUAUCUAGGUGGAAGGGUAGAAACAUUUCAAUCGGUGGUAGGGUGACUUUAAUUACUUCGGUGCUUAAUGCUAUUCCUAUUUUCACUCUCUCUUUCUAG